AUGGAUAUGAGUAAGAAUUGUAGAAAGGAUGCUAAGAAUGAUAGUAAGAAUUGUAGCAAGGAUGCUAAGAAUGAUAGUAAGAAUUGUAGGAAGGAUGCUAAGAAUGAUAGUAAGAAUUGUAGUAAGGAUGCUAAGAAUGAUGUUAAGAAUUGUAGUAAGGAUACUAAGAAUAAUAGUAAGAAUUGUAGUAAGGAUGCUACGAAUGUUAGUAAGAAUUGUAGUAACGAUGCUAAGAAUGAUAGUAAGAAUUGUAGUAAGGAUGCUACGAAUGUUAGUAAGAAUUGUAGUAACGAUGCUAAGAAUGAUAGUAAGAAUUGUAGUAAGGAUGCUAAGAAUGAUAGUAAGAAUUGUAGUAAGGAUGCUACGAAUGAUAGUAAGAAUUGUAGUAAGGAUGCUAAGAAUGAUAGUAAGAAUUGUAGUAAGGAUGCUAAAAAUAAUAGUAAGAAUUGUAGUAAGGAUGCUAAGAAUGAUGUUAAGAAUUGUAGUAAGGAUGCUAAGAAUAUUAGUAAGAAUUGUAGUAAGGAUGCUACGAAUGAUAGUAAGAAUUGUAGUAACGAUGCUAAGAAUGAUAGUAAGAAUUGUAGUAAGGAUGCUAAGAAUAAAAGUAAGAAUUGUAGUAAGGAUGCUAAGAAUGAUAGUAAGAAUUGUAGUAAGGAUGCUAAGAAUGAUAGUAAGAAUUGUAGUAAGGAUGCUAAGAAUGAUAGUAAGAAUUGUAGUAAGGAUGCUAAGAAUGAUAGUAAGAAUUGUAGUAAGGAUGCUACGAAUGAUAGUAAGAAUUGUAGUAAGGAUGCUAAGAAUGAUAGUAAGAAUUGUAGUAAGGAUGCUAAGAAUGAUAGUAAGAAUUGUAGUAAGGAUGCUAAGAAUAAUAGUAAGAAUUGUAGUAAGGAUGCUAAGAAUGAUAGUAAGAAUUGUAGCAAGGAUGCUAAGAAUGAUAGUAAGAAUUGUAGCAAGGAUGCUAAGAAUGAUAGUAAGAAUUGUAGUAAGGAUGCUAAGAAUGAUAGUUAG